AAAGCCGAGCGCAGCGCAGGCGUCUUCUCCUUUCUGUAAAGCCGGAGAGCAGAGUACCAGCCGCAGAGCAGCACCAUGUCUAUCCUAAAAAUCGUAUCAAGAGAGAUCUUCGACUCCCGUGGGAACCCCACUGUGGAGGUUGACCUGUAUACAGCAAAAGGUCUUUUCCGUGCUGCUGUACCCAGUGGAGCCUCCACUGGUAUCUAUGAAGCACUUGAGCUCCGUGACAAUGACAAAACCCGUUACUUGGGAAAGGGUGUCUCUAAAGCAGUUGGGCACAUCAAUAAUACCAUUGCACCAGCACUGGUUGGAAAGAAUGUAAGCGUUGUGGAGCAGGAGAAGAUCGACAAACUGAUGCUGGAAAUGGAUGGCACUGAGAACAAGUCAAAGUUUGGUGCCAAUGCUAUCCUGGGAGUGUCUCUGGCAGUGUGCAAGGCUGGCGCUGCUGAAAAAGGUGUACCCCUGUACCGUCACAUCGCUGAUCUGGCUGGAAACCCAGAAGUCAUUCUACCUGUUCCUGCAUUCAAUGUCAUCAAUGGUGGAUCUCAUGCUGGCAACAAGUUGGCGAUGCAAGAGUUCAUGAUCCUGCCUGUCGGUGCCUCUUCCUUCAAGGAAGCCAUGCGCAUAGGUGCAGAGGUUUAUCACAAUCUAAAGAACGUGAUCAAGGAGAAAUAUGGCAAGGAUGCCACUAAUGUUGGAGAUGAAGGUGGCUUUGCGCCAAACAUCCUUGAGAAUAAGGAAGCUUUGGAACUUCUGAAGAAUGCCAUUAACAAGGCUGGAUACUCAAAAGAGAUUGUGAUUGGGAUGGAUGUGGCAGCUUCUGAGUUUUACUGUGAUGGAAAGUAUGACUUGGACUUCAAAUCCCCAGCUGACCCCAGCAGACACAUCUCCCCUGACCAGCUGGCUGACCUGUACAAAAGCUUUGUUAAAGACUACCCAGUGGUUUCUAUUGAAGACCCAUUCGACCAAGAUGACUGGGCUGCAUGGUCAAAGUUCACCGCCAGUGUAGGGAUCCAGGUAGUUGGAGAUGACUUGACUGUGACCAACCCCAAGAGAAUAGAGAAGGCUGUUGCUGAGAAGGCCUGUAACUGCCUUCUUCUAAAGGUCAACCAGAUUGGCUCUGUUACAGAAUCUCUGCAAGCUUGCAAGCUGGCUCAGACCAAUGGCUGGGGAGUAAUGGUCAGCCAUCGAUCUGGAGAGACUGAAGACACCUUCAUUGCUGAUCUUGUGGUUGGCCUCUGUACUGGACAGAUUAAAACCGGUGCUCCAUGUAGGUCUGAGAGACUUGCAAAGUACAACCAGCUGCUUAGAAUUGAAGAGGAGUUGGGAUCAAAGGCCCGAUUUGCAGGCAAAAACUUCAGGAAGCCAGUCAUCAACUAAGUCACACAGAACACUUGACCAUCUUUGUGUAGUCACUGUACACCUAGGAUACUGCAGGAGCUGGCUUAACCCCUUCAUUGCUAUAGAGGCCUGUCUCUACAAGCCCCUGCAGCAGUGACGGCACCUGAGCCUCCUCACAAUCCUGCAGCCUGACCUUCCAGUUGCAGAAGCUUUGCUGCUUAUUAGGAUGAUUCCUUGUCUGUCACUCUCGGUGCCUGCAUGUUAUGUUUUUCUAUUGUAGCUGUGAUCCUGAUCACUUCAACCCUGUAGUAUGUUGUCAUCUUGUCUUGCAGUCUAUCGGGAGGCUAGCUAACAGUUCAUGUGCAGAGUCAAGAGAUAAUGUAGAUUUAUGAAGAGGUAAUAAACUCUUUUGAAGGUGA